AUGGUACCAGAACGCCUUGUGCAGCAGUAUCAAGCGUAUUGCAAUGAGUCAAGUCUACCUUGUCUUGGCCGAAGCUCUUUGCUUCGAAUACUCGAGGUCUGGACCGCUUCUGUACGAACAUCCCUACAAGGUUUAGACUACUUUACCGCUUCUGGGGCUAAAGCGUUUGAUGAUUUGGAAGAUGCAGCUGAUACGCUAGGAGAUCUCGGCAUGGGGAUGUCAUGGGCACAGCAGCAAAAGAAACAACUCAAAUUAGCGAAGCGGUAUCUGAAAGGCGACUUCAAGGUAACUUGAAUGACAGAUAUUGGCUGCGGUCACAUCUGGGCUACUAACUAUAGUUAAGACGGGGAUAACUAUAGUUAGCUAUUUCGGUAAUGUGACCGCUUCUCUGUUCGCUCUAACUAUAGUUAGAAAAUUUACGCUUCGGUGAUCCAAAACAAUACAGACUAACUAUAGCUAUACCCAAGUAGGGUUCGUGGGUUACUCUUAAGUUUACAAACAACCAACCAAUCAAAAUGUGACGCUUCAUUUCGCACGUGCGAGAUGAGCAUAUAUAAAUAUGCAAAAUAAAAACCAAGCGUGAAGCGAGGGGGAAACCAAAAACAACAAACAAAAAUUUCACAUAGGCUAAUUAGAACUAACUGUUGUUAACUGCGUGCUGUGACCGCAAUGUCGACCGAAAGCACUAACCACAGCUAGGUAUGACAUCACGUAACUUGACACUAACUUAAGUUAAAGUUUAGUUACGUCGUAGAUGUGACCGCAGCCAUUACGUCUGAGCAAAUGAAGACAUGAAUGUAUAUAAAGCAUUUUUAGCGGGGCUCCCGCGCGCGCGAAGCGCGCGUGGGACAGAGCCCCAUACCCAUGGAAUAUGGUCAACCUCUUUUCGUUUGGUUGUCACGUGAUUGACCGAGCGUACGUACGUACGCGUCUACAGAUUGUAUGGGUGGGGUAGGGGAGACUAUCAAAAGGAAGGGAGGGGUGUCUCAGGCGUGUCUUGGCAAGCCCACAUCUUUAAUAUAGGACAUUAACAAUAUGGUCAAUUGACAGCUGUCCAAACAGGAUAGCCACUGACCAGUAUCCCAUGACCAUAUCGCGGGCUCAUGUGUCAACUCAUCGAGGUGACGUGAUUUAUUUGGAAGCUGUCCGCUGACCAGUUAACUGUUUUACUAGAUCGCGAACAACGUUCAAUCUCAUACUUUUACUAGUUUGGGAGCACAGGAAAACUGAUAAUGCACACAUAUUGGACAUCAAUGUUUUGAUCAAUUGACAGCUGUCAAAACAGAGUACCCGCUGACCAGUAUCACUUGACCGUAUCGCGGGCUCAGGUGUCGACCCGUCGAGGUCAAGUAUUUUUUGAAGUUAUCCGCUGACAAGUAAACUAGUUUUCAAGUGAUCGCAGGCUCAAGUUCAAUUUUUUUUCUUAAUUCAUAUGAAAUAUGUUGUGUUUAUGUGCUGCACAAUUAAAAUUUUGAUUGCAAACUGACCUCGGACGUGAAAAUUCAGCUAGCUGUUACAGGCAGGGAAGACAGUUGCUUUUGUUUUUUCUCACAAUGGUCACGCGUUGGUCACGCUCUACGUCCAAUUUUUAUGCUCUGAUUGGUCAAAAUUUGACAUGUGAGUUCAUGCGCAAAAUUUAUGCAGCAUCUUGAAUCUUGUUUACUUUAACAGCUGAAGCUGACAGAGUUUUGUGUCAACUUGUGAUGUUUUUAACUGUCUUUGUCCACUGGAUGUACAAAAUGAAAUUCAGCUGCUAUCAGGAGUCUUCUGUUACUCAUGGCUAGUUUGUUUAUUGGGUUUUUGGUUGAGAAAACGUCGCUUGUCAAAGUCGGAAAUCCGAUUUCGGAUGGCAUCGUUUUCGUUUUCACCUUGCUUGAUGCGUAAGAGGAUUGCAAAGUCUGAAGCGAUACUGGCUUUACCUGAUAACUUUCAGGAGCUGCAUCUCGAAUGGUAAGCCAGAGAAAUUAUUGUAUUUCAUGUUUGUUUUUUGUAUCUAAUUUAAUGAAGUAGAGCGUAGUUUAUGCGGGAAUUUAGUUUAUGCGCGUUUGUAAGUUUUGAGACAACGAUCUCAUCGAGUAUCUGGUUUGAUAUAAUCUUACAGAACUUUAAAAAGCCUUUAGACCGUUUCUCACCGCAAAUAGAAAGAAAAUGUUCCAAAGAAUCUUUAGUUAUAAUUCUAGCCGGAAAAGAAAGCUUUGAGCGAUUUUCUUGCCUCGAGUUCGUCUUUGAAAAAACAAACACCGGGAAGCUGGCUUAAAACAUAAACUUCAGCAAACUUAAGCUUGAAGCUUGAAGACUCAGGAUAUUUAGGGACACUUUAAUACUUGUCUUCCUGAAUGAAAAUUGUUGUCUCUGUUUAUGUUUCACCGAAUUAUAUUUCUUUUAUUGAUUGUUGGUAGUCUCUCUUGCAAUUUUAAUCGCUAUGCCGAUUGUUUUCAGUCGUUCAGUGAACAUCGCUUGCAGGAGUUCUCAAAAUGCCGCGCGUUAAACCAUCAAAUAAAAAAUAAACAUGAUAAAUUCUUUAUUAUCUUGGAGCGUAACUCUGUUAAUGUUCAUUCAAACACUCGCUACAGCUCGCACUACAAAAGUGAGAACCGGAUGGCCGUAUAGGUGAUUUUGGAAAAUUUUUUUAACAGUUUAUGAAUAUUGAAUGAGAGCAAUUUGUAUUGUGAAAUACUGCUUUCUGUCCAUGGUAUAAAAGGUUGGUUUACACGCACCCAGAUUUGUUGGCAAGAUUUUGCAAAGUAAACUUGUCGAACGCCAAAACGUUGGCCUGAUUUAUUUCUAAGCCUAAUUGAUCUACGGUGAUCAAUAGCCAUUACGGCUCUUAAUGAUUACCAGUUUUUGAGUGUACAUAUGAGGCUAUCAACUCGAUGUAAGAUUUGGUUCACUCUUGGGCUGUUUGCAAAUUAUUUUUCUCUAAAAUCAGGUAGCCUUUCCCUCAAAAGUCACAUAAAUGUGCUCUAAAGUUAACUGAAUUGUGGAAUUCGAAUACAAGUUUAUUGUUUAAUUUAAAUUAUAAAUUUACUAAUGGGAGCCUCGCUUUUAGCCCUGGCUAAAUCUAUAUAUUAUGUUUCUAUUUUAAGUGUUAUUGUCAGAAAAAACCGGGCAAUAGCAAAAGAUCGAGGUCGGCCGUUUACCUUCAUGUUUUCACAGUAUGAAAGCUAUCUGAAAAGAUUAACAACCAUGGCAUUUGGAGAAGUAGCCGUUCGAUUUUCUUCGAGAUAUCACUAUUUCGAGAUUUUGGGACCUCCGGCGACCUAAAAAAGCACAAAUUUUGGCUAACUUUGGGUGAAGUUAAAACAUACUUGGCCAAACUCCCAAUAGUUCUUAUAUUUUUUCCAUAACACCUAUCGCUUCGUUAGUCGACUGGAAUAUGUUAAACUUCCUUUGCUUAAAUACUCUAUUUUUUACCUGGUGCUAAAAAUCGCUCCUGAAUCGUUAAUGAGCGUCACCCAAAUUUCAGUCAUUUUCAGUUGACUGUUUUACCGAGAUGCGGCAGUUUAUUUCAAAAGUAAAAUCAUUUCUAGAUGGCUUAUUGUGCUGUUAUCAAAAUCCAGUUUGUUUAAAAUUGGUAUCUAGCAGCAAAUUGGAGAAAAUGGCAUGCGAAAGUACAAUACGAAGCGUCGAGUAUUAAUAUUUCCCGCCAAAUUUUAUAGCGCCACGUUUCGUUUUACUGUGAUUGUGGUUCGUAAAUGUCUUAAAAUAGAUUUUUACGACUUCAGAAGAGAUAAUUGAAAACUUUUAUAUCCCUAAUUACAAGGAAAAACAUUAUAAAUCACCGUAUUGAUAAUAAUCUUUUUAAUAAGCAAGCGAAAUCGUCAAAAAACGAAGCCCAUUUUUCCCGCGAAAGUUUUAAUUUAUUUGUCACGCAGUACAAUAAAGCCGGACUGUAUUCUCAGUUCUGAGCUUUUGGCGUUGGCCAGAAAACAAACUUAAAUCAAAUAAUACCAAGAAAAUUCAGAAUUAUCCUAAUUAAAUUACUUCAUAGAGACAUCCUGUUUCCAUCGAACGCUAGAGUUGUCACGAAUUUAAUGAUCGGACGUCACGACAGGUUGAAAAGAGAUCAAAACAUGAAUUGUUCAUUCAGAUCGGAGGAAUCGCCAUGUGGCUUGCGUGGAGUUGGUACGGUUAUUCUGCCGUUACUUGCCUGUCUGAUUUAAGAAGGCAAUAGGGUGACUUAUUUAAUAGUAUUUUCGCUUUGAUCCAAUUCUGGACUUUAUAAGAUUCUUUUUAAUCUGUGGUUGCCCUUUUUUAAAAUGGGAAAAUUAAUAGAGGUAAUCAUAAAAAACUGAGUUGAAUAUAAUGUUAAGUUUUAUUCUUUAUUCUGAGCGUAAAUCAUACUUUAUUUGUUUUCACUGUUUACUUCAAAUUUAUUUCAUUUGUCAAAAAAAGGACGUAUAUACUUUAAAGUUAUUCGUUAUAGUAAAAGUAUACGCAAAUAAAAGUUAUUUGCCUCUUUUGAUAAACUAAUUGUCCGCAAUUAAGUUUCAUUAGAAAACCAAGAUGGCUGCCAAGAUGGCCGCCACAAAGAGCACGAAAAAAAGGCCUUGGGACAAUAUUUCGCGAUGGGAACAUAGAAUUUCUUUUUCAAGACAUCUUGAGGGUUACAAAAAUGUAAGUUAGAAAAAUAUAUCCUAGGGGUGCAUGGGAACCCUGCCUUCCGACUAGACUAUUUCUCUGUUGUAACUUUUUUGCGUUUACUUCACGGUAAUUGAUUUUAUUACCAUUUCUAAGGCCAUAUUUCAGUAUAUAACAAAUAAACCUUUUGUUAAUUUCUGUAAAACUGUAAUACUAAUUUAUCCUGGGUUGAUACUUUUUUAUCCUGUUGAACAACUUGCAGUAUUUUUUUUUUUUUUCAUAUCCUUUUUUCUGUUAUGCCUCAUUUGUGAAUAAAUAAAAAGAGUGUCAGCUGUGGAGAAACUGUAAUCUAAUUAUGUUUGCCCUUUGCGUACGUUCACUUUCGUUUUUACGAACCCUCGGAUUUUCAUCAAAAACAGUUGCAAAAGAAAAAGAAACUGUCAAUACUAAUUUAGUUUACUUUUUGGUUGUCAUGAAAAGGCUCUUCUGGCACAGAUUACUACAACAGGUGUUGCGACAACUUUUAGGGCCUCUUCAUAUGAGCCCGGUUGACCGGGCUGGCUCGGUUACCGGGAUGAAUUUUGCCUUGGGUUCAUAUGAGAAAUUUUAGCCCGGUUUCCGAGAUGAGAAAAGGUCAAAGAUCCUGGGUACGAGUUCUGGCGCCAAAUUUGGGAAACAAAGCAAACAUAGCGAAACACAAAAAUUUUAACUUUCGGGCCUAUCUUAGCAUCGGUAACUCUUAAAGCUGUAUCACUGCAGUUAAAUGGGAUGCUUAUGAUGUGGAAAACACAGCAGGCAAUGCAAGACGAUGCCAUCCGGACCGCCAGAAUUCAUUCCGCCGUUCAUCCCGGUAACCGGGAUGAAGUGUUCAUAUGGCAAAAUUUCCAGCCCGCUUACCGAGAUCUCGGGAACCGAGCCAGCCCGCCCUCUCAUAUGAACACAUCGAAAAUUUUACAAAGGAUUUAGAGGUGAGGCGAGAUCUCGGAAACCGGGCUCAUAUGAAGAGGCCCUUAGAAGCAAAACGUUUGUUCCAGGGCCGUAGCCAGACUUCAGAACAAGACGAGGCAAGUUUCGAGCGCCAAAGGCGUGAGCCGCUAGGUGGGUCUGGGGGCAUGCCCCCCCCCCCCCCACGAAAAUUUUGAAAUCUAGAGGCUCAGAAAGUUUAUGUUGUCAGUAAAAUUAGAGUUCAAGGUAAGAAAAAAUAUUUUAGCGGGGCUUAAGUAUGAUUUUCCCCAUUGGCUUGAUGGCAAUAAGGUGUCUUUAUCACUCGGUACACGCGGUUUGGACACAAUGAAACCACCCUUUUGGAGUAAAGCAUCAGUCAUGGGAAACUGCAAUCUGUCGCAAAUACUUGCUUACGGGCGUUCGUGUUCCACCCUUUUGAUGCAAAUCGCGGGAACUACUUAAAGCUAAAAAAGAACAUCUGUAAAAAUGAAUGCAUUACACUAACCUGAGCCAAUAGGAACCACAGCAUUGAAUAAAACAAAGAUUUCCGCUGACAUAUCAGCGUUUACACGACUAGGGAGUUUAAGUCCUCUCUUGGUACCUUCAUGGUCUGGAUAACAACAUAUUUCGACUUUACGACCCGGCCAGUUAGUCGUAAGAUCCAGCCUAUGCUUGGGACAGAUUGUCAUGGUCUGCAUUUCGUCAUUGCUAAAAGCACCCAAAAGACCUGCACGGUUUAAAAUUAACUCUGUUUCGCUUACCUCGGUGCUUUCUCUACCACGUUUUACGCUGAUUUUCAGACUAAGAAGGUGAAAGGUAAUAUCUCUUUUGCAGGCAAGUAACGGCAGAAUAACCGUACCAACUCCACGCAAGCCACAUGGCGAUUCCUCCGAUCUGAAUGAACAAUUCAUGUUUUGAUCUGUUUUCAACCUGUCGUGACGUCCGAUCAUUAAAUUCGUGACAACUCUAGCGUUCGAUGGAAACAGGGUGUCUCUAUGAAGUAAUUUAAUUAGGAUAAUUCUGAAUUUUCUUGGUAUUAUUUGAUUUAAGUUUGUUUUCUGGCCAACGUCAAAAGCUCAGAACUGAGAAUACAGUCCGGCUUUAUUGUACUGCGUGACAAAUAAAUUAAAACUUUCGCGGGAAAAAUGGGCUUCGUUUUUUGACGAUUUCGCUUGCUUAUUAAAAAGAUUAUUAUCAAUACGGUGAUUUAUAAUGUUUUUCCUUGUAAUUAGGGAUAUAAAAGUUUUCAAUUAUCUCUUCUGAAGUCGUAAAAAUCUAUUUUAAGACAUUUACGAACCACAAUCACAGUAAAACGAAACGUGGCGCUAUAAAAUUUGGCGGGAAAUAUUAAUACUCGACGCUUCGUAUUGUACUUUCGCAUGCCAUUUUCUCCAAUUUGCUGCUAGAUACCAAUUUUAAACAAACUGGAUUUUGAUAACAGCACAAUAAGCCAUCUAGAAAUGAUUUUACUUUUGAAAUAAACUGCCGCAUCUCGGUAAAACAGUCAACUGAAAAUGACUGAAAUUUGGGUGACGCUCAUUAACGAUUCAGGAGCGAUUUUUAGCACCAGGUAAAAAAUAGAGUAUUUAAGCAAAGGAAGUUUAACAUAUUCCAGUCGACUAACGAAGCGAUAGGUGUUAUGGAAAAAAUAUAAGAACUAUUGGGAGUUUGGCCAAGUAUGUUUUAACUUCACCCAAAGUUAGCCAAAAUUUGUGCUUUUUUAGGUCGCCGGAGGUCCCAAAAUCUCGAAAUAGUGAUAUUUCGAAGAAAAUCGAACGGCUACUUCUCCAAAUGCCAUGGUUGUUAAUCUUUUCAGAUAGCUUUCAUACUGUGAAAACAUGAAGGUAAACGGCCGACCUCGAUCUUUUGCUAUUGCCCGGUUUUUUCUGACAAUAACACUUAAGGUUCAUGUUUCCAAGACGUCCUCUGUUGCGGAUCACUGCAGACGCUUUGCCCUCAGUGAUACUAAAGACGAAGACUACAAAGAUAUCUGUGAUCAUGUUCAUAAUGGCGUAUGUGAUCGUUGUGAUCUUGUACAGCGGAGCGUGUGCGACGUUGAGGAAGCUAUGAGCCACGUCACUACGACGACAGAGGAGCUGGAAGAACUAAAGUUUAUAGUGGAGCAAGCUAAAAGCAGCAUAUUGGCUUGGAAGACUCACCUCCUGCGCUCAGUAAACCAGGAUGAAGCUAGAGUUGACGCUGUUGAAGAACUAAGUAAAGAUUCAGUUUUGCUUGUCCAAGACUGGGCAAUGAAGUACUUGCCACGUCAAUACAGAGAGAGCCAGACCAAUUGGUUUGCAAAGCGCGGGAUCCCCUGGCACAUAACCGUGGUGAUACGACGUGCUCCAGCCUCAGAUGUACUCGAGACAAUGACAUUUGUUCAUAUAUUUCCAAGUUGUAGCCAAGACAGUUUCACGGUUCUAGCUAUUAUGGGUGACGUUCUAAAGAAACUGAAGAAGGCCGUGCCAAAUCUGGAAAAUGUAUUUUAUCGUCAAGAUAACACCGGCUGCUACCAUAGUGCUUCAACGAUUAUUGGUGCCAAAUUGCAGGCAGAGAAGGCCGGGGUGACCUUGAAAAGAUUAGAUUUCUCAGACCCUCAAGGGGGAAAAGGGGCAUGUGACAGGAAGGCAGCCAGUAUCAAGUCCCACAUGCAAAUCUUCCUUAAUGAAGGCCAUGACAUCGAGAGCGCUUCCCAGAUGAAGACGGCAAUUGAAUCUUCUGGUGGAAUCCCCGGUGUAGUUGUCACCGUGGCAGAGACUCCUCAGCGGCAAACAGGAAAGAAUUUGACGUGGGACGGUGUUAGCUUCAUAAACAAUGUCGAGUACAACAGCAAAGGAAUGAAGGUAUGGAAGGCAUACAACAUAGGACCUGGUAAAGUGGUUCCCUGGAGCAAAUUUAACGUAUGUGUUGAUGACCAGCCAUCUUUGAUUGCUAAUCAUGAAACAGAAAAAAACUUGAAUCCGCAAUUUGUUGCCGUGAAGCCAAGAAAAACUGCAGAUCCUUCCAAAGCAAUCGCAGCUGAGGUUGAGGAAGAUGAUGGAGGCUCAAGUGGAACUGAUGACGAUUCAGGUUCUAAGUUAUUUUCAUGUCCAGAAGAAGGGUGCACAAUGUCCUUUCAAAGGUAUUCCAGUUUAGAACAACACAUUCAGUGUGGUAAGCAUUGGAGGGCAUUGGGCAUUGGAAGGGCAUUGGAGCAUGAAACGCUUCUCGACAGAGCAAUGUUGACGUAUACCUUUGCUCUUGAAAAGCCUGGGGUAUCAAACAUUGUAAUACCGGCCAAAGAGGGUUUUGUGACAAGAGAACACAGUUCAGAUGCUCCGGGUUUCUCGUCAUACAUGGGGUGGGCUCUUAAAAGUUCCUUCUCCCGGAGCACUAGAUUUAAUUCCAGUCAGAAGGAUUACCUUAUAAAGAAAUUUGAAAUAGGAGAAAAAACCGGAAGGAAACUCGAUCCUGGAACUGUUGCUAAAGAUAUGAGAGCUGCUAAAGAUCCUAACGGCAAGCGUUUGUCCAAUUGCAAUGAAUUCCUAACCAGUCAACAAAUCCAGAGCUUCUUUUCAAGAUUAGCAUCUAAACGAACUGUUAAUGUCAUAACUGAAGAGGAUAAAGAAGAAGAAUGCAGCGCUCACCAGGAGGAAGUGCUGAGCAGAUUGAGAAAUGAGGUAUCUGGUGCAGUAACCAUGCCGCAUCCAAUCAUGUUUGAUACAUAUGAUAUCUGUGAACUGGCCUCUGGAGGCAAACUCAAAAGUACCUUUUCUGUAUCGAUAUCUGCCUCGCUCUUGGUAUAG